CGGGCGCACGGUGGUGACGUCUGGAGUCCGCGACGCUUUUGAGAAGCUGAUCGCUGGGGUCCUGCUGACUGACCUGCGGGUCCCGGGCGCCAUGGCCUCCGCCGGAGUGGCCGCCGGGCGACAGGCCGAGGAUGCGUUACCGCCGCCGGCCGAGCCGCCGCUGCCCGAGACGAAGCCGCUGCCGCCUUCGCAGCCGCCGCCUCCGGUCGCCGCGCCUCAGCCGCAGCAGUCGCCGGCGCCGAGGCCUCAGUCACCCGCCGGCGUGAAGGAGGAGGAGAAUUACUCCUUUUUACCUUUGGUUCACAACAUCAUCAAAUGCAUGGACAAGGACAGCCCGGACAUCCACCAGGACCUGAACGCCCUCAAAACCAAGUUCCAGGAGAUGCGGAAAGUCAUCAGCGCCAUGCCCGGCAUCCACCUGAGCCCUGAGCAGCAGCAGCAGCAGCUGCACAGCCUCCGGGAGCAGGUCAGGACCAAGAACGAGCUUCUACAGAAGUAUAAGAGCCUCUGCAUGUUUGAGAUCCCCAAGGAGUAGACGAGGCCGGCUUCCAGGAAGGCCCGGGAAAGAAGCGGAAGAACACACAGCCUCCCUGACUCCCCCAACCAGCGCCUCGAACUCCGGCUGUGAACUCUGUAAUCCUGUAAUCCGGGGCUGCUGUAGCUGCUUCCGGAGCCAAACUUGGCAUUGACUGUGUGGGGAGCCAGCGCUCAGGCUUGGAUUGUUGGGGCCUCCUUGUAGAGGAUGUGUCCAUAUGUCUAGAUGCAUAAUAACCGGACUGCCUGCUGGUGGAAGGAAGACUGUUCCUGGAGGCUGGGGAGGGGGCCGGGGAUGCCGCCCCUCUUCUGGGGAGGGGGCCAUCUGCUGUGCAUUCAGGCUCCGCAGAGCGGCUGAGCACAGGAGGAAAGGAGGCGGCUCCCCUCUGCUUCCUGCCCUCCCCCCACCCUCGCUCCCACCCCUAGGUAUGCUGCGCCCUGGGUGCUCACUGUUCUGCGACAGCAGUGUCAUGAAAUGGGCAUAGGAGUCCCUUGACCAACUGGGUCUGCACCCCCAUGGCACGCAUUUCAAAUGCUAAAAGAAACCUGGCAGAGGAAGAAUAUUGUUUUGAAAGGCAGCAGGAUGGCUUCCUCCCUCAUCAGCCCACCCCCGCCCUCCCCCCGAAAUACUUUUCUUUUUUUUAUGUUUGA